AUGCGUCAGGGCCAGGGUGGGCUUAAUGAACAGGGGUUGCCACACGGCCUCACCUCAGGUGCGUUGAAUUUUUUCUUGGCCUCUGGGGAGGGUCAUCUUCAAAGGCGUGUUGAGCGCAUGCUGUGCUGGGGUGCAGGCCCUCACCAGCCGGCUUCGGUGCCUGUGUACGGCCCCAGUACAACACCGCGUCUUCAGCAAUUUGUGGAUAUGACAACGAAUAAUGGUGGAAUGACACCGUUUUUUUCACUGAACAGUGAUACUGCAGGUACAUUUGGAAACAACCCUGUCGAGCACACGGAGGAGGAGGUUGAGGGAGAGAAGAAGACGCACGUACACAUGCAUCCCGUACAAGGGCAAGAUACAAACGAAGAUCAAAGGGUGACGGAAAGCCAUGUGCAACAUCCUUACUUCGCAAUGAAUACACCAAUGCAGCAAAAACAAUCUCUGCAUAUAUCAUUUGGCAUGAAAACUCCAUCUUCUGCGAUGGGAAUGACACUGUCACCCGCGACAGCGGGCCGCAGUGUGAUUCAAGUAACGCCUUCUUCCACUACAGCGUGCUCUGCUGUCCAAGCGGGGAUUAUUUCUCAUCGAAUUUCAAGGAAUUUAAAUGCAGUGACUAUGCUUGGUGGAUCCAGUUCCCUUGCCACUGAGCUGGAAUCCGCGUUUGCUGAGCACAAUAAAACGAAGAACCAGGUGCCCAAACCAGACUACCAAGAAGAGAUUGAAAAGCCGCUUUGCACAGCUGAUACUGACAUGACACAGAGUAGGGAAGACGUGUCUCAUGACAGUAAGGCGCAGCCGACAUCUGACUCCGGGCUUGUGGAUCCUUCCACACAACGCCACCAUAAAGAAAAACGCCGUGGGAAAUCCAAGAAUGAUUCCCAGCUGCCUUCACAGCGUCGCAACACCAAUGUCAAUAACAAGGCCACCAAUCGUUCAGGUGUGGUGUCCCUUGCAUCACAGGAGAAAAUGGCGUCGAUGAAGAAUAACAGAAGGUACAGCCUGCAAUUACAAUGUCAUGGCAAUCACAAAAGCACGGCGUUUUCGUGUAUGGAAUUUCAUGUUGGCGACCACGUCAUUUUUGAGGCUGACCGUGGCGUUGAUUUGGGGCAAGUUAUUCAGUGUGAAGAUUCAAUGGAGGAGUCCUCUACCACUGUGGCUGACGCAGAUGCCGCUGUUGGGGGUUCCGGGGCAAAGGAUGGUGGCCGUGGGUCUGUGGCGCAGGUUGUGCGUCGCGCGACACCGGAGGAAGUGGAAGAGUGGAAAGGAAAUCUCAUGGCGAAGGAGGAGGAGGCUGUGGCAGAGUGCCGUGCAGCCUGCGAGGAACUUGGCCUCAUCAUUCACAUCUCGGACGCCGCCUUUCAGUUUGAUCGGCAGAAACUCACCUUUUUGUAUGAAACCGACGAGCGUGUGGACUUUCGCUCGCUGCUGCAGGCGAUGUUUUCAAAGUUUCGCUGCCGCAUUUGGAUGGAGCGCAUCAACGCCGCAUCAUGA